AUGAUGGGCCCAAAGAUCCUGAGAAUAAGCCUGGUGAUUCUGGCCGGGUGGGCGCUCGGCACUGCCGGCUCUGAGCCGGGCUGGACACGCAAGAGGUCCCUGGCUCAGAGGGGACGCCUGAAUCAGUUGCUGUCGGAAGGAGAACGCUGUUGGCUGGGGGCCAGGCCGCCAAGACCCAGAGCCGCUCCCCAGCAUCAUCUUUUUGGGGUCUACCCCAGCAGGCCUGGGGACUACCUGAGGCCCUACCCCGUGGGGGGGCAGGGAACCCGCCCCGCAGGACGCAGUGAGCCAGCUGCCACGGGGGCUGCGAGCCCAGCUGGAGGUGUGGGGCUGAGGGGCACAGCUGAGCAGCCAGCCGCCUCGUGGGACAGGGAUGGUCCCGCUGGGCGGUCUGAGCUGCGGGGAGAUGAUGACACUUAUCUUGGUGAUGGAGGAUCCAAGGAGUCUCUAGGUGAGGCUGGGACUCGCGAACGCUCGGCCACGGCUGCCACGGCUGCUACCACCUUCGUGGGCCCAAAGGAACCCAAACCAGAGACCCAAAGCAAGGGCCGGGCCAAGACCAGGCGUCGUCGCCAGGUGGUGAAGGGGCAGGUAGGGGCCGUGCAGGGAGAGCCCGGUGUCUCUCCCCAUCGUCUCCGGCCGCGGCCGAAGCAUCCCCUUGUGCACGGGGUCAGAACGAGUCCGUCGGAGGACGGCAUCCAGAAGGGUGGAGGGGACCCCUCCUGGGAAGCAGAGUCCCAGGGAGGACUGCCUGUCUUGUAUUUCUCCGGGAGGCGGGGGCGGCUCCUGCUGCGUCCAGAAGUGCUGGCUGAGAUUCCCCGGGAGGCAUUCACAGUGGAAGCCUGGGUGAGACCGGAGGGAGGACAGAACAACCCAGCCAUCAUUGCAGGUGUGUUUGAUAACUGCUCCCACACUGUCAGUGACAAGGGCUGGGCCCUAGGGAUCCGCUCAGGGAAGGACAUAGGAAGGCGAGACGCUCGCUUCUUCUUCUCCCUUCGCACCGACCGUGUGAAGAAAGCCACCAUUGUGACUGGCAACAGUCGCUACCAACCAGGCACAUGGACACACGUGGCAGCCACCUAUGAUGGACAUCGUAUGGCUCUGUAUGUGGAUGGCACUCGGGUGGCCAGUAGCCCAGAGCAAUCUGGUCCCCUGAACAGCCCCUUCAUGGCAUCCUGUCGCUCUUUGCUUCUGGGGGGGGAUAGCUCUGAGGACGGCCGCUAUUUUCGUGGACACCUGGGCACCCUGGUCUUCUGGUCGACCGCCCUCCCGCAAAGCCAUCUCCGGCACAGUCCUCAGCGUCCAGCUGGAGUGGAAGAAUUGGCCUCCCUCCUCCUGACAGCCAGUUUUGAGCCCUUGGAAGAACAGUGGGUCCCCUUUAGAGAUGGGGAGUUCCCACGGCGUGAGGUUCUGCAUGGCUUUGAGCCUGAGCCUGAAAUUGUGUCACCUCUGAAGCCCCCACUCUGUGGACGGACGGCUUGCGACAACGUGGAGCUGAUCUCCCACUACAACGGGCACCGGCCCCUCCAGGGAGAGAAGGUGAUCCGCUACCGAGUGGUAAACAUCUGUGACGAUGAGGGCCUGAACCCCACCGUGAGCGAGGAGCAGAUCAGCCGGCAGCACAAGGCGCUGAACCAUGCCUUCAGCCGCUACAACAUCAGCUGGCAGCUGAGCGUCCACCAGGUCCACAACUCCACCCUGCGCCACCGGGUUGUGCUUGUGAACUGCGAGCCCAGCAAGAUUGGCAAUGACCACUGUGACCCUGAGUGUGAGCACCCACUCACAGGCUAUGACGGGGGCGACUGCCGCCUGCAUGGCCGGUGCUACUCCUGGAACCGCAGGGACGGGCUCUGCCACGUGGAGUGCAACAACAUGCUGAAUGACUUUGACGACGGGGACUGCUGCGACCCCGAGGUGGCUGAUGUGCACAAGACCUGCUUCGACCCCGACUCACCCAAGAGGGCAUACAUGAGUGUGAAGGAGCUGAAGGAGGCACUGCAGCUCAACAGUACUCACUUCCUCAAUGUCUACUUUGCCAGCUCCGUGCGGGAAGACCUUGCAGGCGCUGCCACCUGGCCUUGGGACAAGGAAGCCAUCAGUCACCUGGGUGGCGUUGUCCUCAACCCAGCCUAUUAUGGCAUGCCUGGCCAUACCAACAUUAUGAUCCACGAGGUGGGGCAUGUGCUGGGACUCUACCAUGUCUUCAAAGGGGUCAGUGAGAGGGAAUCCUGUGAUGACCCCUGUAGGGAGACAGUGCCAUCCAUGGAUACGGGAGACCUCUGUGCCGACACCGCCCCUACUCCCAAGAGUAAGCUGUGCCAGGACCCAGAGCCUACCAACGAUACCUGUGGCUUCACCCACUUCCCGGGGGCUCCGUUCAGCAACUACAUGAGCUAUACAGAUGAUGACUGCACCGACAGCUUCACCCCUAACCAGGUGGCCCGGAUGCAUUGCUAUUUGGACCUUGUGUAUCAGCAGUGGAGUCAAAGCCGGAAGCCCACCCCCAUUCCCAUCCCACCCAUGGUCAUCGGGCAGACCCACACCUCCCUCACCAUCCACUGGCUUCCUCCAAUCAGUGGGGUUGUGCACGACAGGGUCCCAGGCAGCGUGUGUGGUGCCUGCGCUGAAGAUGGGACAUUCCGUCAGUACGUGCACGCAGCUUCCUCCCGGCGUGUGUGUGACUCCUCAGGUUACUGGACUCCAGAGGAGGCUGUGGGGCCUCCAGACGUGGACCAGCCCUGUGAGCCAAGCUUGCAGGCCUGGAGUCCCGAGCUCCACCUGUACCAUAUGAACAUGACGGUCCCCUGCCCUUCGGAAGGCUGUAGCCUGGAGCUGCUCUUCCAGCACCCGGUCCAAGCUGACACCCUUACCCUAUGGGUCACCUACCUCUCCAUGGACUCCUCCCAGGCACUCUUUGACACGGAGAUCUUGCUGGAACACCAGGAGUCUGUGCACCUGGGCCCCUUAGACACUUUCUGUGACACCCCACUCACUAUCAAACUGCAUGUGGACGGGAAGGUCUCUGGGGUGAAGGUCUACACCUUUGAUGAGCGGAUGGAGAUUGACGCAGCUCUGCUAACUUCCCAGCCCCAUAGUCCCCUGUGCUCUGGCUGCAGGCCUGUGAGGUACCAGGUUCUUCGUGAGCCCCCAUUUGCCAAUGGCUUGCCCAUGGUGGUGACAAAUCCUCACAGGAAGUUCACGGACGUGGAGGUCACACCUGGGCAGCUGUAUCGGUACCAAGUUCAAGCUGGAGCUGGAACAGAACUAGGAGAAGCCUCGCCUCCGCUGAGCCACAUCCAUGGAGCUCCUUACUGUGGAGACGGGAAGGUGGCAGGGAGCCUGGGAGAAGAAUGUGAUGAUGGGGACCUUCUGAGCGGAGAUGGCUGCUCAAGGGCAUGCCAGCUGGAGGAAGGCUUCCACUGCGCAGGGGAGCCAAGCCUAUGUUACAUAUAUGAGGGAGAUGGGAUAUGUGAACCUUUUGAGAAGGAAACCAGCAUCAUAGACUGUGGCCUCUAUACUCCCAAAGGAUAUGUGGAUCAGUGGGCCGCCCAAGCUUAUUCCUCUCAUGAAGACAAGAAGUGUCCUGCUUCCUUGGUAACUGGAGAACCUCAUUCCAUGAUUUGCACGUCAUACCAUCCAGAUUUACCAGAGCACCGUCCUCUCACUGGCUGGUUUCCCUGUGUCACCAAUGGAAACAGACCUCAGAAUAAAAGGAGUGAGCAGACAGAAGGUAGCCUGGAGAGGGAGGAGGAGGUUUGGCUCAAAGUGUGUUUCAGUAGACCAGGAGUGGCCACGACAAUUUUCAUUUUCUUGACAUCUGAUGGCCCGGUACUUGGAGAACAUCGGCGGCCAACAGUGACUGUUCACCUGACUGAUGUCAGUGGGAACAACCACUCUCUUGGAACCUAUGAACUGUCAUGCCAGCAUAACCCUCUGGUUAUCAAUGUGAGCCAUCACCCGAAUGUCCUCUCCCACCGUACCUCCUCAGUGCUGCUGAAUUUCUCAUCCCCAUUGGUGGGCAUCUCAGCGGUGGCUCUAAGGACAUCCUCCCACAUAAGUUCAUCAACUCUCAAUAACUGCAUCCCAGAGCAUGAGGGACAAAAUCAUCAGGGACAGAGCUGUGUCCACCGGCCCUGUGGGGAGCAGGGCAGCUGUGCGCCAUUGCUGCUUGAUCACGCGGAUAUGGUGAACUGUACCUCUGGUGGCCCAGGUCACAUGAAGUGUGCUAUCACCUGUCAAAGGGGGUUUGCCCUUCAGGCCAGCAGCGGGCAAUACCUCAGGCCCGUGCAGAAGGAAAUUCUGCUCACCUGUUCCUCUGGGCACUGGGACCGGGCUGUGAGCUGCAUGCCCCUUGAUUGUGGCGUUCCCGACCCAUCUUUGGUGAACUACGCAAACUUCUCCUGCUCAGAGGGAACAGACUUUCUGAAGCGCUGUUCAAUCUCCUGUGUCCCACCAGCCAAGCUCCAAGGACUGAACCCAUGGCUGACUUGUCUUGAAGACGGGCUCUGGUCCCUCCCGGAAGCCUACUGCAAGUUGGAGUGUGACGCCCCCCCUGUAAUCCCAAAUGCCAGCCUGCUCUUGCCUCACUGCCUCCAGGGCAACCAUGACGUGGGCUCCGUCUGUAGAUACGAAUGCAAACCAGGCUACUACGCCGAGCCAAGUGCCGAGGGUAAAGUCAGGAGCAAUUUCCUGAAGAUACAGUGCCUGGAGGGUGGCAUCUGGGAGCAAGGCAGCUGCGUUCCAGUGGUGUGUGAGCCCCCUUCCCCUGUCUUUGAAGGCAUGUAUGAAUGUACCAAUGGCUUUGAACUCAACAGCCGGUGUGUGCUCAGCUGUAACCAGGAAAGCGGAAGGGUUCCUAUCCUCUGCACUAAGGAGGGACUGUGGACUGAGGAGUUCAAGUUGUGUGAGAACCUACAAGGGGAGUGCCCACCACCCCCGUCGGAGCUGAAUUUUGUGGAGUACAAGUGUGAGCAGGGAUACGGGAUUGGUGCUGUGUGUUCCCCAUCAUGUGUGAUUCCCCCUAGUGACCCCGUAGUUCUGCCUGAGAACGUCACUGCUGACACGCUGGAGCACUGGAUGGAACCUGUCAAAGUCCAGAGCAUCGUGUGCACUGGACAGCGUCAAUGGCACCCACCCCCCUUCCUCAUCCACUGCAUCCAGUCGUGUGAGCCUUUCCAAGCUGAUGGGUGGUGCGAUACCAUCAACAACCGGGCCUACUGCCACUAUGAUGGGGGAGACUGCUGCUCUUCUACUCUGUCCUCCAAGAAGGUCAUUCCAUUUGCUGCUGACUGUGACCUGGAUGAAUGCACCUGCCGGGACCCCAAGGCUGAAGAAAAUCAGUAA